AUGCAUCUCAGUUGGAUUGAUUAUGGAAUGUUGGGUCUACUAUUGAGUUUUUCAAUGGUUAUUGGUAUUUAUCAAGGAUGUUUUCGAUCGAAACAAUUGACUACCAAUGAAUUUCUUAUUGCUGAUGGACGAAUGAAGAUUUUACCGACUGCAAUGAGCUUAUUAGCGAGUCUGAUGUCUGCAGCUACUUUACUUGGAAUUCCACUUGAAAUUUAUUCCUAUGGAACAAUGUAUGUUUAUUGGAUUUUUGCCUAUUUUAUUGGCACCUAUUUAACUGUAAAUUUAUUUAUUCCAAUGUUUCGACAAAUAGGAAAUUUAAGCAUCUAUGCGUAUCUCGAACAACGCUUCUCAUUAGCAGUUCGUAUGGUUAUAACAAUCUGUUAUAUCCUAGUAACGAUUUUUUAUAUAGCUGUUAUUUUAUAUGGGCCAAGUUUAGCAUUAAGUCAAGUCACAGGUCUACAUAUAUGGUUAGCAGUUUUAUCAUGUGGAAUCAUAUGUACAAUCUACACAAGUAUUGGUGGAAUGAAAGCAGUUAUAUGGACUGAUGUAAUACAAACGAUACUGAUGUUUCUUGGAGUUAUACUAUCCGUUGGUUUCGGAUUUUAUGAUGCUGGUGGUAUAAAAAAUGUAUUUCAACGUGCAAUGGAAGGAAAUCGAAUACAAUUAUCGACAAUUACAUGGGAUCCAUCAAUUCGAUAUACUGUAUGGAGUAUUAUUAUUGGUGGUGGUUUAAAUGCUACAGCUGUAUAUGCAUGUUUACAGACACAAGCACAACGUUAUUUAUGUGUAAAAAGUACACGAGCAGCACAGAAAGUUGCUUGGGUGAAUUUUAUUAUGUGUGCAUUUAUGCUUUUUCUAUGUACAUCUGUUGGACUUCUUCUCUAUACAAAAUAUAAUCAAUGUGAUCCUCUUCGAGCUAAAUUAAUUUCUAAACCUGAUCAACUCUAUCCAUUAUUUAUCAUUGAAACAUUAGGACGAUUUCCAGGUUUAACAGGCUUAUUUGUUGCUUCGAUUCUAAGUGCUUCAUUGAGUACAGUAUCUAGUGGAAUUAAUAGUAUAACAACUGUUGUUCUCGAAGAUAUCUAUAAAAGUAUAUAUAAAGAAAACUUGAUGUCAGAUGAAAAACAAGCGACUGUUUCGAAAAUAUUAUCGGUCUUGAUUGGUCUUUUGGUAAUAUUAAUAGCAAUUGCUACAUCGUUUUUUGGAAAUAAUAUUAUAGUGAUAGUUUUUCAAAUAUCGGGUUCAUUUGCAGCACCAAUUCUAGGAGUUUUUCUAGUUGGAUUUUUUGUUCCACGUGUUAAUAGUCGAAGUAUUCUUGUUGCUUUUACAUGUUGUUUAUUAUUUCAAACAUGGGUACUUAUUGGUGCUACUUUAACUGUGAAACCACAAAUAGGAAAAGGUGGACAAUUGUCUACGUCUGUUGAAGGUUGUCUAUCGUCAUUGAAUUCUAAUCAAACGAUUCGAACAAAUCAAAGUUCAAAUUUUUUCUUACCACUUUAUUCGAUAUCUGUAAUGUGGUAUUCUUUUAAUGCUGUUGUUAUUAUCGUUGUUGUUAGUUUAUUAGGAACAUUUAUUUUUGGGUCAAAUGAUCCAAAAACGAUAGAUCAAUCAUUGUUGUUACCAUGGAAAAGAAUAUUUUCGUGUUGUUGUAAACAUAAAGAAUCUGUGAGCUUAAAAGUUGAUGAAAUCAAUACAAUUCCAAUUAAAGCAGUCGAGCAAGAACCAAUUCUCUUGAAUUGA